AUGUGUUACAGUUUUGGGUGUUCAGACAAAUCCGAAGAAACCCGAAUAGAAGGCUGUCCUAAUCAUAAGCUGGUGGUAGUUCACAUAGAAAUCGAUAUUGUUAUUUAUAAAUGCCAGCUAGGCCAAGCCCAACCGCUUUGGAAAGAAAACCUAGCGCCCUCCGAGUUGAAGAAACUUAGAAACAAACAGAGGAAAGCGAAGCGUAAAGCGGAGCAAGAGAGUGCGUUAGCGGCUCAGGUUCAAGUGAAACGUGAGCAACAUCACAAGGCGCGGCAACAGCAAGAACAAGGCGAUCCCGAGGCGCCUCAGUUGGAUGAACUUAUACCAGAUAAAUUGGCUAGGGCGGAGGAUCCUCUAGAGCAAGCAAUAAAGUUCCUGUUACCGCUGCGAACACUCGCCGCGGAUAGAAUAGAGACACAUUUAAUGGCCUUCGAAAUAUACUUUAGGAAAGAAAAGCCACUGCUGAUGCUGCAAAGCUUAAAGCGCGCGUGGCGGCUGGACAGUGAUCACCACCACUUGCACGACUGUUUGGUUCGCUUCCAGCGCUGGAUGGACGCUGCGCUUAAAGACCUGAAUUCGAACGUCGCCGCAGUGCUCACCGCUGAGACGCAACCGAUGUUCCGCGGGCGGAGCGCGCUACAAAUGGCGGAGGAGUUCAUGGAGACGGGCGCGAGCCGGUCGCAGGCGGCGGCGCUGUGGGGCGCGCGCGCGAUGUGUCGCCUGCUGCCCGAGCGCACGCACCAAGCGCUCGCCACCGCCACCGCGCUGCACUUCCCGGACUUGUCCAUACAGGGUUGCGUUGAAGUUUUAGACAGUCUACGAGAAGGUGAUUUCGGACCUUGUGAAAAGGAAAUAGAGCAAUACAUAAAAGCGUGUCACACCAAGUUCCCAUACGCGAUCGCUUUCAAACCACCCGGACAAAUGCAGGAGUGUGCGGAAAACCACGUCGAAGAUAUACCACUACAGCCUAAAGAAAUCUCUGUCAACAACUGA